AUGUCGCAGGCGCUUGUUUCGGUUUACCGGAAGCUCCUCGAAUUCUACAGAGCAGCCUUCGAGAUGCUGACGAGCCGCGGAACGAGACUGAUAGUGAAAUUGACGCUGGAGGAGGAUCAACUGCCCGGCAUCGUGCAAGACUUCUUGAGGCACGCGGACUACCUGCGAAGACUUGUGCAGAAGGCAACUUGGGAGAUCGUCGAGGACAUCAAGGCCAUGCUCUACGAUGCCGAGAUUGCCAGGUGGCUGGGCGGUGGCAAGAUGGAGAUGCAGAGCCGGUACCACGCGCUCCUGCAGGAGAUCCGGGCCGACCGGGCUUGCGAUUUCCUGCUCGAGAAUCCCCAGCUCGCCGACUGGUACCACGCCUCCCAAUCCCGGCAACUGGCACUCCUCGGGGAUACGGGCUGUGGGAAGACCGUUGCCGUGUCGUUCCUGGUCGAUGAGCUGGGCCGGAGAAACGAGCACCGGCUGCCCAGGCCCAAGGUAUGCUACUUCUACUGCCGGGAUGACGAGACCGGCCAGGCUGUUCAGGUGGUGUCCGGCCUGAUCCUAUCGCUCCUCGAGCAGCUGCCUGGCUUGAAGAAGGAUUUCUUCGGGUGGUAUAAGCAAGCGCAGGCUUCCGGCAUUCUUGAGCCGGCCACGAGCAUCAAGAAACUGGGAGAGUUUCUGCACAAGAUCCUGGAGGCAAUCGACCGGCCAGUCUUCAUCUUGAUCGACGGUCUGGACGAGUGCGAUGGGGUGUCGAGGAGGACUAUCCUCGUCUUACUGAAGACCCUGUCGCAGAAGAUCACGCAGCUGAAGACCGUGCUGGCUUCCCGACCCCAAGAGGACAUCCUCGCACAGCUGGCCGGUGUAGGCAACAUCUACCUGGGCUCCAACCUCGAACGGGAUGAGAUCAUAGUCAAGGCGGCAGUAGAGAGGCAGCUGUUCCAUCUACCGGAAGAUUCCAAAGCCCUCAUCGUCCACCGCCUGUCCCGCAUGGCUCAAGGAAACGCCAUCUGGACGAAGAUGACGGUCGAGCUCAUCGAGAUCCGUGGAAUCCGGGCAUUGGGACCCAUGCGACGAUUCUUGGAGGAGAUGCCGCUGCCCAGACAGCUCUCGAGACUCUACGGCCGCCUAUUCUCGCGAUACACCUCAGGUGAGCUGGAGAACGAAGGCCUUGCCAGCGCGGGUCUGAAGCUCCUCGCCGUCGCUCGCAGGCCGCUCAGCAUGCUCGAGCUUGCAUGGGCGAUCGCACUGGCCACGGCGCGGCGGGAGGUGACCACCGUGACUGCGCUGGCUGAUCUGGUGGAUCAUCAGCGGGUGUUGGGCCUGAUGCAUCCAUUCAUCUCCCGCGUCGACUACAGCGACACUGGGAAACGUCAGGUGCAGCUGAUCCACCAGUCGGUGAAGGAGUUCAUCCUCGACGAUCUCGCCCAGACGCAAGCUCCGACCGUCCCCGCCGAGACCGGUCAGCUGCUCUGCGAUAGACCUGCGGAGAUGCUCGAGGCCAUGGCCACAGACAUCUGCAUUCGAUAUCUCCUCCUACACGACGUCGACGCCAUCAAUCUCUUCUCUGAGGAGCAGAUGGCGAUUGCAGAGCUCCCGCAGGAGGCAGGCUUGUUCGACGACGACGACGGCGACGACGACGAGGCACCGACCGAGUACGAUCCCCGUUGCACAUGGGAAGUCUGGGAAGGGAACAUGAUCCGCUACGAUCCGGCCGAGCGCGGUCUCGGGGAGUUCUUCGUCUACGCAUCUUGCCAUUGGUUGGAACAUCUCGCUGCCGUCACGAGCGGCUCCCUGCUGAGCUUGCCGAGCAUAGAGGAUGUCUGCCAGCCAGGCUCGACUCGGCUCCGCAACUGGACCCAACAGAAUUGCCGGCCAAGUUGCGCAGUCCAGCCCAGGUUCGAAUUCGACGGCAGCCUGUACGAUCCUCUCGGCAUCGUCUCACUCUACGGCUCGGAGGCCAUGCUACGCUAUAUGCUCAAGGUCUCCGAAUUCGGCGGUGACAGGUACCUCCCGAGAUCGGCCUUCCGGGCCGCCGAUCAGAUACUGCAGUGGGGUGACUUGGCUCGGCUGAGGAUCCUGUCUCUAGACGGGAGGGUUGGGGGUCAGCUUCGCAAUCUCGACUUUUUUCGGCUCGCGAUCCAUCAGUGGUUUAUCACCGAUGAGCGUGACCGCAACUGGGACCUAGCUUUCGACCUCGUCGACCUCUCGUUCGACGAUAUGAUCCGGGAGCGAUGGGGCAAUGAGCUCCUGUGCAUCGCCGCCGGCGCGGGCUGUAUGCCACUAGUUCAGCGGCUGAUGGCCGGAGCUCGACGCAAGGCAGAGCUUCGAAACGAGCUCCUCUGCGGAUCACGGCACGAAUCGCUCUCAUCUCAGAGGUCCAAGCAUCAAUCAAUCGGAGAGGCUGUCUUGGGGGACCAUGUUGACGUGGUGGAAUACCUCUUGGGAGAGGAUGGCAUCGCAGCACACCUCGAAUUCCGCAACGCGCGUGGCGAGAACGUUCUCCAUCUAGCGUCGAGGCUAUGCAACCCGAGAAUGGUCCGGGUCUUGGCACCUCGCUCGACCGGCUUCAUGCACGAUGCAGACGACCGGGGAGACACUGCUCUGGAGCGGAUCGUCAAGAGCACCCGGGAUCCGGAAGAUCGGUAUGAAUCGGCGAGGAUCAUCCUCCUGCACACACCUACCAUCUGGAAGAGCCGACCGUCUGGUCAGCACGCCCGUCUCUUGCAGCUGGCCGUACAGCUCGGUGACCUGGACAUGUGCCGCGUCCUGCUCUGCGUCGGGAAGCUGAACCCUCUUCUGGCGAUGACACGUGGCGACGACGGACAGCCGUCUCUCAAGGGUGAGGCUCAUCAGGACGAGGGCACUGCACUCGAGAUACUACGGCUGCUGCGCCUCGGGACCUCGUCGGAUAAUACCGCUUGA